AUGAACAAAGAUAAAAUAAAUAAUAAUUUUAAUAGCCAAAAAGAGAUAAACAAAAAUAAAGGUAAUAAUGAAACUGAUGCUUUAAAAGAAGCGUUAGCCAGCAAAAGUAAAGAAACUGAGGAAGUUCUUCUAAAACUUGAAGAAAAAAAUAAAGAAACUGCCGAAAUUCGUCAAGUCCUUGAAGAAGAAGGAGAAAAAGGAUUAUUAAGAAAACAUGGCUUUUCUAUUGGAGAAUUUGAAAAUAUUCGUUUAUUAGGUAAAGGAAAAAUCACCGAAGAACUAUUAAGAGAACUAAAACAAAAAGCCUAUCAAAAAAAAACUAGUGCUUUUAUUUCUUUAUUACAAGAUGAUGAUAAUUAUCGUGUAGAAAAGCAAGAGCCAUGGGAAAAUACAGUUAAAUAUAUGGAAAAACACCCUAAGGGGAAAGUUAGAUAA